CAUUUCAUGACGUCAUAUGGUAUUCUGGAUACUGGGAGAACAGGAAGAAGAUCCCAAUAGCAUUCAUCUCCAUCUGAGACUAGGGUGUGAACACAUUUUUAUUUUAAAUUCACCAGGACAUAUCUCACUCAGUGGACUCUGGACGGAGCUCCGUUUGUCGCUUACGUGUGCUUGGCAAAGGUUCGGUAAAGAUGUGGAAGGCAGCAGCAGGCCAGUCCGUCAAGGUGAAUGUAGACGAUGGAGGUGACGACUGGGAGACUGACCCCGACUUCGAGAACGAUGUAUCCGAGAAGGAGCAACGCUGGGGUGCUAAGACGGUGGUUGGUUCAGGACACCAGGAGCACAUAAAUAUCCACCAACUGCGUCAAACGGUGUCAACAGAGCAUACCAGCUUGAAGCAGAAGGAAUUGGACGACAUGCCCAAGGCCUCACAUGGAUAUGGAGGGAAAUUUGGGGUGCAGCAAGACCGCAUGGACAAGUCUGCUGUAGGCCAUGACUACCAGAGCCUGUUAUCCAAGCACUGCUCCCAGACCGAUAACUCCAAAGGCUUUGGAGGGAAGUUUGGAGUUCAAGCUGACCGUGUUGACCAGUCUGCGGUCGGCUUCGAGUACGCUGGGAAAACGGAGAAGCACGCUUCACAGAAAGACUACAACACUGGCUUCGGGGGCAAAUAUGGUGUUCAGGCUGACCGCGUUGACCAAAGUGCGGUGGGCUUCGACUACCAAGGCAAAACCGAGAAGCACGAGUCCCAGAAAGAUUAUGCCAAAGGUUUUGGAGGAAAGUUUGGCGUGGAGACGGACAAAGUGGACAAGAGCGCCGUGGGCUUCGAGUACCAGGGCAAAACCGAGAGGCACGAGUCUCAGAAAGACUACGUCAAAGGCUUUGGGGGCAAAUUUGGCGUGCAGACGGACAGGCAGGAUAAAUCUGCCCUGGGAUGGGACCACCAGGAGAAACUACAGCUACAUGAAUCCCAGAAAGAUUACUCCAAGGGAUUUGGAGGGAAAUUUGGUGUCCAGAAUGAUCGUAUGGAUAAGAGUGCCGGCACGUUUGAGGACGUUGAGAAGCCCAAACCAUCUUACCAGAAAACCAGACCUGUGGAGGCUGCCGGCAGCAGCACAGGAAGCAUUAAGGCCCAGUUUGAGAACAUCGCCAGGCAGAAGGAGGAAGAAGACCGAAAGAGAGCUGAAGAAGAGCGAGCACGUCGACAGGCCAAGGAAAAGCAGGAACAAGAGGAGGCGCGUCGGAAAUUGGAAGAGCGGGCCAAAGCUCCCUCCCCGGUACCAGUUGCUAGCCCCAGUCCCGCUCCUAGCCCGACUCCACCGCUCCACACUUCUUCUCUUUCAUACCAGAACACAGAUGAAUCGGCGUAUGAAGUUGCUGAGGAGAACGGAGAGCAGCUUUAUGAAGGUGAACCCCAGCGUGGCUCCACGCAGCAGGAAGAUCUUUACCAGACACCUGCUGAAGAGGGGCAGUACGACUACGUGGAGGACCUCGGCAUGACAGCGGUAGCGCUGUAUGACUACCAAGCAGCCGGCGACGACGAGAUCUCCUUUGACCCCGAUGAGGUCAUCACCAACAUCGAGAUGAUCGACGAGGGCUGGUGGCGAGGCAUGUGCAGAGGAGUUUACGGCCUUUUCCCUGCCAAUUACGUGGAAGUGCGGAGCCAAUGAUCCCCCCCCCCCCCCCCACCGCCGCCACCGCCGCCCUGCAAACAAGUACAUGCUUUCCGAUCCUCUUCCCGUUUUCAUGCUUGGCUCUUUUUCUUCUUUCCAUAUCUUAGCGCUUCAACACUGUGCAGGACAUCUCAGGUCUUCUAGUAGCUUUCUUUUGCUCCUUUUCCAUCCUCCACCCCCCCAGUUCGAUUCCUCUGUAGGAAAAGGUUUGAGAGGAACAUUUAGUCUUACCAAAGACCAGAUUGGGACCGCACGCAUUCGCCAUUCAGCAUCCAUGAUCUUGUUAUUCAUAGGAAAUACCCGACAACCUCCAUGAUGGGGCCGCUCAUUUCCUUACAUCGCUAAAGCUAGCAGUUAAACGUGCUUGAUGACAAUAAUAUUGAUCAUAAUAAUAAUAAUAAUGCACCACUCACAGUGCAACCAAAAGGCAGUACCGACACGCAUCGAUAUACAUGCAAAAGGUACUAUUUUGUAACCCGCAAGGCAUGCUGGGAAGCCCCCACAUGCACUACAGUUAUAAUCCAAGCCGUGUCCAAGCGUUUACCAAAGGAUGCAAGGGGGCCAACACACAAAUGACCAGACUAUUAGUACAAUAAUAUCAAAUAUAUUAGUCGGAACAUUUUUGCUGUGUUUUUUAAAACAUAUUUUAUAAAUAUUUCAACUUAAAUAAUAUUAUGACUUUAUUCCCACCAUAAUAUGAUAUAUUUCUUCUCAAACUCAUUUUUAUUCCGUCUAUGUUAUUAAAAUGACAUUAUUUUUCCCUCAUUAUAUUUCGAGUUUAUUCUCAUAUAAUUAUGAUUUUUUUUCAUGUUGGAAUAUGACUUUUUUUCUUUAAUAUUUGACCUCAUUCUCAUAAAAUUACAGCUGUUUUUUCCGCCCCCAGUUACUUCAACUGACUCAUACAUUUUGUUCUCAUAAUUCUGACUUUAUUACCAUGAUAUUUUGACUUGAUUGGCAUAAUAUUAUAACGUGUUAUGCAACCUAAUUGUCCAAAAAAAUUUUUUUUUUUUCUUAUUACAUUUUAAUUUUAAUAUUCAACUCUAUGCAACUUUUUCUUAUUAGAUUAUUUCUCUUUCUCUCAGUUUUGACUUUAUUCUUGUAAAAAUACGGCACAUUUUUUAAAUGAUAUUUUUUGCCACAGGCAGUGCUUCGGACACCCUGAUAUGAAGUCAUUGGCGUGUCAUGUACUGGGGAUUUUUGGUUGCACCGUGAGUGAGUGAGGCUUUUUGAAUGACUGCUCUUUGGCCAAUGGCGUGUGUGUGUGUGUGUGUCCGAGAACGCAACACGUGUUGAUAGAAGAUGGACCAUAACGGGGUGGUCGCUGGAUGCUAGAUGCUAGAUGCUAGAUGCUAGUCGCUAGUCCCACAGUCGGGAGCGUCCGUGAUAGCGGGGUAGAACAUGCGUCGUGGAAGUUGUCAAGUUUGAGGUUCAUGCAGUAUGAACAUCUCCAUCCAGGCUACCGCUGCAUCACUUAGUUCAAGUUAGCGUGCAUUUGUCCACGCCAUCUUGGGGGCCAAUGCAAACCACGUAGAGCUGAUGCUAACGGGGUAUUAUUGAUUAUUAUUCAUGCCACGAAUCAUGCUUGGAAUCAUGUACAGAGACACCGCCGUUUAUGAUGAUGUCUUUUUGGUUUGUCUUGUCUUUGAUCGGAGGAGAUGAUAGUCUCUCAUCAUCAUCAUCAUCAUCAUCAUCAUAACCAAAUGAGGUGUCCACUUCAUGUGACAAAAAGAUAUAUAUAUAUAUAUACCUGCAGUGCGGAUGUGUACAAAAUGUUUCUUGCAGGUUGCUUGUGUAGCGUAAAUAAGUGUGUGUGUUUGUGUGUACGUGCGCGCGUCUGAGGGCUUUCAUUCUUUUCAUCUUUGGGGUUUUAUAAUAAUAAAGUGACCUUUUCAAAUGCAUUAUUUUUUAUCUGUAAUUCUGUCUAAAUCACAUCACCGCUGUUGUUUUUCAAUAAAUAACAUGAAUGGUGGGCUUGUCUAUUUCUUAUCACCCGCCUUUCCAUAAUAAAGCUUCAUAGGAAAAAAAAAAACAUAUGGAAGUAUUU